UGCAAUAUAUCAAUAGGUUUAAAAUUUAAAUUUUUAAUUUUUAUAUAUAAUACAUGGAAAAAAUGUAAACGUAAAAUUAUUAUUAAAUUUUAUCAUAAUAAAUCUAAUUAAAUAAAUAAUUAUAUAGUAAUUACUUAGUAACAGUUAAUGCGAUGUCAUUAAAAAAUGUAUUGAGUAGAAGACUUUACCCUAUAACGGAUUUAUCUGACAAAUAGAUUCUCAUUGUGAAGGUCGAAAGUGAUCUAAUAUAUACAUAAUCUAUACUGAAAACUCAAUUACUUCAUAUCAAAUAUGGCGCAAAUGAUGAUACCUAGGAUUGGGCUUUUAUCCAUUAAAAAUAAUAGUCGUGUAGUACCUCGAAUUUUCGUGCCGUUAAAAUAUCAACGAUUAUGUUUCCAUACAAGUUGGGUUUUCGAUGUCCAAGGAAAGAGUAUCUUAAUGCCUUCCUUGUCACCUACUAUGGAAAAGGGUACUAUUGUGAAAUGGUUCAAAAAGGAAGGUGAUAAGAUCGAAGCAGGAGAUGCAGUUGCUGAUAUUCAAACUGACAAAGCAGUUGUUACUUUGGAAUUAGAAGAUGAGAGUAUUCUUGCAAAAAUCAUUGUAGGAGAAGGAAUUCAAGAUAUCAAAGUAGGAUCAUUAAUAGCACUUACGGUUGAUGUAGAUGAAGAUUGGAAAUCUGUAGAAAUGCCAGAUAAUGUUUCAGUUACACCACCUGUAACUGCAUCUUCAAUUACUAGUCCUCCAUCAUCAUCAACAUCUCCUCCAUCAUCACCAACAUCUCCUCCUUCAUCACCAGCAUCUUCUUCAUCAUCACCACCAUCUCCUCCAAGUAUGCCAGCUCAAGGACCUCCUGGACAAACAAAUAUUGGUAUGCCAGCGCUUUCACCAACAAUGACUUCAGGUACGAUAGUAAAAUGGCUUAAAAAAGAAGGAGAAAAAAUAGAACCUGGCGAUGCAGUGGCUGAAAUUCAAACAGACAAAGCUGUCAUGACUUUUGAAAUCGAGGAUGAAGGCAUAUUUGCAAAAAUACUUGUUCCUGAAGGAAGUCAAGCAGAAGUAGGAGAAUUAAUUGCCAUUACAGUAGAAAAGGAAAUGGAUUGGAAAAAUGUUGUAGUUCCAACAAUAACAAAACCUACUGCUACUCCUGAAGUUGCUCCUGUAGGUGUUCCAACUGCUCCUCCUGUAGGUGUUCCAGCUCCUUCUGUUGCUACUCCAUCUGCACCAAGUAUACCUGGACAAGUAUAUGGUCUUGCAGUAAGACGAUUAUUGGAAGAAUAUGGAUUGAAAUCAGAAGAAAUUAAAGGUACUGGUCGCCCUAAUCGAUUACUAAAAAGUGACGUUUUAAGUUAUAUUCAAACAAAGAAUAUAAAAAAAAUUGCACCAAAAACAGCACCUCCGCCUAAAGAUCAAAAGAAACCUGAUAUUCCUUUAAAGAAACAUGUACCCAGUGGUGUUCCCUCCACUUAUCAAGAUAUUCCAGUUUCUAAUAUACGCAGUAUCAUUGCUAAAAGACUUGGAGAAUCAAAAAGAACUAUACCUCAUUCUUAUGCGACUAUCGAUAUUAAAAUUGAUAAAAUAAAUGAAAUUCGUAAGGAACUCAAGGCUGAUGGUAUUAACAUUUCGAUAAACGAUUUCAUUACAAAAGCAACUGCACAUGCACUAGUUGAAUGUCCAUUUAUAAAUACAUUAUAUAAAAAUGAUCAAAUAAUUCAAAUGCCAAAAGUUGAUAUUUCUAUCGCAGUUGCUAUUGAAUCAGGACUUAUUACGCCAAUUGUUUUUGAUGCUACAGCUAAAAGUAUAUUGGAUAUUUCGAAAAAUAUAAAAGAAUUAGCUGAAAAAGCUAAAACUGGUCGAUUAAAACCAGAAGAAUUCCAAGGAGGAACAUUCUCAAUUUCCAAUUUGGGAAUGUUUGGUAUUAAGCAAUUCAGGGCCAUUAUAAAUCUUCCUCAAACAGCAAUAUUAGCAGUUGGAAGUGGUCGAGAAGAAUUAAAUGCUACAUUACAAAAAGUAACAAAUAUGUCAACAUCUUUAUCGUACGAUAGACGAGCAAUUGAUGAAGAUCAAGCAGCCGACUUUUUGGCUGUUUUAAAAGCUAUGUUGGAAGACCCAUCUUUUCUUAUUGCAGGAAGAUUACGAGCACUAAGGUACGCACAGGACUGACCUCUAAUUAAACAUUAAUUCUGAGAAACUUACUGACAUAAUUUAGGUUUCGAUUUAAAUUAUAGUUUUCUUUGUUACAUUAAUUUUCUAAAAAUAUAUCUGAAGAAUUCAUAAUUUCGUUUAAAAAUAAAUUAUAAGUAAUAAGAUUAAAUUUUAAACCAUUUAUAAAUUUAUAGCUUUUAUUAUGCUUUAAAAGUUAUAUAUAUAAAAUUUGAUGUAAGAAAUUAUUUAAAAAAUAAUUUUAAAUAUUUUAAAGUUUCAAAUUGUAACCAAAAAAAAAAUUUUAUUUAUCUGCCUAGAUACUACUGCCAAGUUUUAGAUUAAUAAUUAAAAAUAUUUUAGUGGAAAUGUGAAAAACAUUAAGAUUAAAGUAAUAAAUUAAUUUUAUCAAUUUUAUUAUAUUAUUAAUAAAAUUAUUUUUACAAACAAUUACACACAUUAAAUAUAAAUAAUUAUAUAAAUUUGUUUUUUUACUUAAUGUAUUUUACGCUUCCAUCAAAUUUUUUAUUUGAUAAAAAUUUUUAAAUAUAUAUAUGUGUAUAUAUAUAUAUAUAUAUAUAUAUGUGUAUACAUACUAAAAACUUUUGAACAGCAUAUCUAUAAAGUAUACAAAAAAUAAUAAAUUAAUAUAUAUAAUAAAUUAAUAUAUAAAAUGAUAAAAAAUUUAAUAUUUAAUAAGGUAUAAGUUGAUCUUUCUAUGUCAAAAUUAAUAAAUAAUAUAAAUUUAUAUGAAUUUAUUUCAAUUAAUUUUAAAUAUAAUAUAUCUUAUAUAUAUAAUUUAUUUCCUUAUAUAUAAAUGGAUAACUUAUAUCUGAUUUACUAUUUAUAUACAUAAUUUAAUAAAAUAAUCACACUGAUGUAACUUCUUUCGUGUAAACCGUAUUAUCUUAUAUAUAUUAUAAAAUUUUGUAUAAAAUAAUGUAAAUACAUAUAAAUAAAUAUUCAAAAUUAAAUAAGAUAAUAUUCAAGUAUUAGAGACUUGUAUGAUUGAAAACUUCAGUGUGAUUUAAGAAUUUUGGGGAUUUUAGUAAAAUGUACAAAGUCAUUGCUAUAUCUUGUAAAUAAAGUAUUUAUUGUUAAAA